UCAACAUAACAAACUUAAUCAGCUGACUCUUGUGAAUUCUUGAAACGUCAAAACAAACGAUUACUUUUCAAAAGAAGAUAAUGAAACAAAUAUUGGUUUUUAUUUGUAUUUUAUAUUGAAUUAUUAACUGGAAUAUUUUAAUUAAAAUAAAAUGUGCAACGAACUAGACAAUAUAUUUAAGCCAAUAGUGUUAGUGACGGGUUUUGGUCCUUUUCUGAAUCAUCCUGUAAAUGCUAGUUGGGAGGCAGUAAAGUUAAUGAACAAAGAAGAGAUAGAGAAGAAACACAAUGUUGAAUUGGUGCAGAUAGAAAUUCCUGUUACAUAUGAGAAUGUGGAUGAGUUCGUACCAGCUAUAUGGGAGACACACGAGCCGAAGUUAAUGAUCCAUGUUGGAGUCUCGAGAUUGGCUCAACAGUUAACUUUAGAGAUGCAAGCACACAAAAAAGGCUACCAACGUUUGGAUUAUUUUGACAAACUGCCCCCCAACCAGAUGUGUUCUGCUGAGGGAGCCAUGAGGCUGCAUACUAAGUUGAAUGUGGAGAAAAUAUGCAAACAGUUCAAUGAUGGCAACCCUCCUGAGGAAAAAACUACUGCUGUGGCAUCAAAAGAUGCUGGCAGAUAUAUAUGCGAGUAUACCUACUACACCUCCCUAAGUGCGGAUAACACUAGAACACUGUUUGUCCACGUGCCAGACUUUCAGGUGUAUACCUCUGAGCAGACUGCAAGAGGACUCGAGCGUAUCCUCGACUUGUGCAUGGAGCAAAUAAAGGACAUGGAGAUAUCCAAUACGACCAAUGGCUUGAGAAAUGUUAACUUAAGUGAUAAUGAAGAGAAUAAAGUAUAAUUUUUUUUUUUUAAGAUAUUUAAAAAGUAUGUGUUAGGGGCAAUAUCUUUUGAAACCAUUAUGUAAUUCCAUUAGUUUAUUGAAUGUAUUUAAGUUCUAGAGUGGCUGCUGGCAGCUAUUAUGUAAGAAAAAAACCUUAAAACAGAGUUGGUGUUAUACUUCUUUAUUAGCCCUGAUAAUAUGCAUAUUUACUAGUUAAUUAUAGAAUACCCUCCAGAUAAGCAUUUAAAAAUUAAAUAAUUAAUUAAGCAUUUAGAAAAAUAAAAUCAUUUUCUUACAUUUAAUUAGAAAUUAGAAAUUAAAUGUAUGAAAAUAAUCAUUUAAUCAUUGGUAAUGGGAAUCUUAUUUCAGUCAUUCAUGAUCCUGAUGAAGGACAUAAGCAUUUAAAUAUUUUUUUAAUAUAUUAAGUAUUUACUAUGAUUGUAAAAAAUGUAUUAUAUAAAAUAAUAUAUAAAUAACCUAGUGAUAUCGCAACGCGCCACCUAGUCCCAAUUUAAGCAGAGCUUGUAACUAGUGUCUAAUUAAAGAAAUCCUCCUUGCUACCUGAUACCUCAACACAAUCACCAGCCUACAAGGCAAGAGUGGGGGCAAAGGGAUUGUUAGUAAUGGGGUCUAAUAGCCCUAUUGCUAGCAAUAUACUAUCUCAGGUCGACCUCCACGCGGUUCCCCCUAGAUACCAUCAUGUUUAAUUCUUGUCGAAUUCAUCAUGGUGGGUCAACCGACCUGCAUUCAUUCUCACCUAUCAUCUUCCACUGGCGCCUCGUCGAUGUAUACCAAUAACUCGGGCGGGGUUACCAUUCCAUUUUCACCCAUUAAAAAAAAAGCAAGUUUUAGUAACCUGGGGUAGUAGCCUCUGGAGAAACUUGGGUAAAGGGUUCGUCCUAAGACUUCCACCUGCGCCCUCCUCAAUGUAAAAAAGACCAGUGAUUGAUAAUAAAGAUUAAUAAUAAUAAUCACUUCGAUUGUUUUAUGACUAGAUGGUAUUAUGUAAUAAUACUUAACACUGUGAAGUAAAAUGUGCAAAUUGUUAUAUUUUAGAGUGAAGACUAUAAUUUCCACACUGUAAAAAACACUUAUGUAUAGACCAGUAUAGACUAAACUAGACAUGUGUAUAUUAUACAUAUCGAAUAAAAAGUACUUUCUUUUACUUAA